AUGUCUAUUGAAUACAAAAAAUCAAUCAUCUUCGUUGUUCUUUCUACAUUACUAAUUGCUACUGCAUGGUACACCCUAACGAAUAACAGACGAUUCACACUGAACAGAAUCCUUGCUUUUCGAUUAUUCACCUCAUCAUCGAUAGAAAAACAAAGCAGAUGGAAAAACGAUCAACUGGUUGUCAUACCUGCCAUCUGGAAAGAGAUCGACUGGUCCAAUCGUUCAUCAUGGCCUGCUUGGUUACAGAAAGGACUGGAGCCGUCUAACAGUUCUUCACCACAGCCAUAUUGUAUUCAUCUCUAUCAACGAAUCGAUCCCAGCUCCACUCCUCCAUACAAUUGGCCAUAUUGUCAGAACGUACACGAAGAAGCAGGUGUGUAUCUGAAGUUCAUCUACGAUUAUUAUCAUGAUUUGCCCGAUCGAAUGUUGUUUAUUCAUGGUAAUCCGAUUCGUCAUUCGCCAUAUCCGAUUGAAACAGCGCUCUGUGUUCGUGAUGACGUUCAUUAUGCAAAUAUUAAUUUUCAGUGGAUUGUCGGGAGAGAUUGGAAAGUAUGGCCCUCAGAUCCAGCGGACAAGAUAAGCCUGAUGUACAAAUGCGCUCUUCGUGUAUUAAAUUUUUUCGGUUUCAACGCUAGUAUUCAGCUUAAUAGUGAUAAUGAUACGCUUUUAGAUGCAAAUGUCAUCACGACUUUAUGCUGUGCACAAUUUUAUGUGACAAAAGAAAGAAUUCGUCAUUAUACAUAUAAACAAUGGUCAGCAGCUUACCAUGCUAGUCUUGAACCGUAUUGUACAACGCCAGCCGAUCGCGAAACCCCAGGUAAAGAUGAUACAAAAUAUUUUGGUGGAAGCUUCGAGCACCUCUGGCAUGUGAUACUUGGGCUUCAUGCAGUGAAGAUGACAGUACCAAAAUAUGGAACGAAUAACGAUCCAUGUCACACAUUCCGACCAUCUUGCAAAGGUUCACCUUGUGCUCGAAGUGAACUUCUGUCUGCUUGA